CUAUAAAAAGUCAUUAGAAGAAGAAAAGAAAGUUAUUUCCGACUGCUUGUGAUGCUUGUGUAUCUUGUCUGUCUUUCUCUCUUGCGUGUUUUAUGGAGUGUAGUCUUGUCUCGUUGAUAAUGAGAGAUAAAAUGGAUGUGCUGUGCUGUAAAUCAGUAGGAACUGAUCUGUCCAUGCUGGAUAUAGAUGAUUUAAUCACAGAAAUCUCUCAGCUGAAGAAAGAGGUGGCGUUACUGGAGACAAAGUUGAGGUCAAGAGGAGAUUUAGGACUGAAACGAGAGGAUGUGGAUUGGUGUGAAUCUUCAGUGUAUCUGACUGAUGGAUGUCUGGAUUCAGUGUGGACGAGUAGAGAUCAAAGCCGCACACCACAGACACUGCUGGACUCACAGGACUCCGAGCUCCGUCUGACUUUACUCUGUUAUACUGAGUCAAAGCCCACAGACACUCAGGACACUACAGUGUGUGACAGUAAACAGAGCUUACAGGAGGAUCAAACCUCCACAGAGUCUCUGGAUUCUGUCAGUAACGCUGGAGAACAGCAGCAGAUCCUGAAGAUGUGUUCAGUUAAACUCAUUGAUUGCAGGAACCUCAUGAUGAAGAUUAAAACUGAACCCACAGAAGAGGAAGAUCACACUGAGGAAGAUGAUGGCUUUAUUACGUCAGGUAUACAGAGUGAAUCAUGUUUGGAUGAAGAAAUUACGUCCUCAACAUCAAAAGAGUGUCAGACAGAACAAACUCUUUCCUGCAUCACCUUUGGAAAGACAUUCAGCUUAGAGAGACAUGGGAGAAAACACACAGAACAGAAAGUCUUCACCUGCACCAGAUCUGAGAUCAGCUUUACUUCAGAACAGCAUAUAGAGAAGAAGCAGCAGCAGCAGCAGUUUCACUGUGAGCAGUGUGGGAAGAUUUGUGCCUCUUCUUCAAAUCUAGAGGUUCACAUGAGGACACACAAUGGUGAAAAGCCUUUCCACUGCACUGAAUGUGGAAAAUACUUUAGCGCCAAAUUCAGUCUUGAUGCUCAUAAGAGAAUUCACACAGGAGAAAAACCAUACGAGUGUCCUCACUGCGAGAAGAGAUUUAGCCGUAAACGUGUCCUGAAGACACAUGUGCUUUUACACACCAAUGAGAGACCCCGUCACUUUAGGGAUUCAGGUUCAAAAAAAUCACACCAGAAACUCUUUAAAUGCUUACACUGUGAAAAACGUUUCUGUACAAAAACUGAGCAGAUAAUCCAUGAGAGAGUCCAUACCGGAGAGAAACCUUAUCACUGUAGUGUUUGUGGAAACAGCUUUAGUCAACUGUCAAACUUUGUAAGGCAUCAGAGAACUCAUACAGGUGAAAAACCUUUCAAAUGCUCUUGGUGUGACAAGACGUUUGCUCAGUCAUCUCACUUCAAAACCCACCAGAGAGUUCAUACUGGAGAGAAACCUUAUCACUGUACUGUCUGUGGAAAGAGCUUUAAUCAACUUGCAAACUUUACAUUGCACCAGAGAACUCAUACUGGUGAAAAACCUUUCAAAUGCUCUCAGUGUGACAAGACGUUUGCUCAUUCAGGUCACUUAAAAAUCCAUCAGAGAGUUCAUACUGGAGAGAAACCUUACCAAUGUAGUGUAUGUGGAAAGAGUUUUAGUCAACAGACAAACUUUGUAAGGCAUCAGAGAACUCAUACAGGUGAAAAACCUUUCAAAUGCUCUCUGUGUGACAAGACGUUUGCUCAUUCAGGUCACCUAAAAUCCCAUCAGAGAGUUCAUACGGUAGGGUAACUUUACGUCCACUUUAUCCGUGGCGAGAGGUUCUCUUAUUCUGGAAAUCUUCAGAGACAUCAGAAGAAAUACCCAACUAGCCAAAAUACGUGAAUGUUACUUAAUGUCAACGUUGCGUGAUGACCAAACUUAUGUCGCAACAUCGAGUUUCGUUGUGAGUGAACAGAAAAGUGAAAUUCCUGGAUUUGUCACGUUAUCCAAGCAAACACAAAACAGUCCCCUAAAGUUAUCUUUUUGGUUAUCCUUUUGGUUAUCCUUUUGGCAACCAAAUAGUAAUAUUCCGGGAAUGUUUUUUUUAAGGUUUUAUUUUUGCAACCAUAAAAUAAUUAAAGUGUUUUUAACGAGUUAUUAAAAAUUAUACAGAACGUUCUCUAAUGGUAAUUUUUUCGAACCAUAAAAUAAAGUGCUCAUCGUUGCAGGGUGGUUAUUUUUAAAAUAACCUAAAUAUAACUUAUACAGAACGUUCUCUAAUGGUUGUUUUUUGGUAAUUUUUGGAACCAUAAAAUUAAGUUCUGAUAAUGUUGCAGGGUGGUUAUUUUUUGAAUGAAGUUCUUAACGUAAGUUCAGGAGGAGCCUAAACAUUCAGUCCUUUCAAUUAUUCUGAGAGCCUAUUUAAGCAAGUCAGUCUUCACGCCUACCAGUGACUAUUCAUCCAGCAUUGGGCCCGCCCUUUUCCGGAACAAUGUCCUGCCAAGUUCAAGACGAACUUCUUCUCUUCACCUUCGAUGAAGAUUUUAUCUACAACGCAGAUUUGUCUUCAGCGGUCAGCCCAUCUCCAGAACCCUCUAACCCUAAUCUCGCUUCCUCGCAGAGCUCCGGGGAAAGAGGACACCCUUCUCAACGUCCUCCUGCCAUUUCACCUAAACGCCGCUGUUUAAAUCCACCUCCGACAAGAUGUCCUUGAACCUCUCCUUCUGCGACUCCACCCGGACCAUCUUCAACUCUUGCAAUAACAAAAUGGACUGUAAACGGGUUGCGGCCCACCCUGUGACCGCAAACAUCGAAUUCUCUAGAAGGAUGUCAAAAGCCCAACAUUACAAGCUUUACCUCAGUGCUCAAACCGGCCAGAGCCCAGUAGAUGCUCCCCUGACAUAUUCCAAAAAAGCCCUUGUUAUAAUCCGCAGUACUUUCCAGCAAACCCAAGGCCUUCACCAGCCUCAAGCACAUCGAGGGCUUCCCCUCCGAGCCUGCAGCACUUGCCCCAGUUCAACCCCUAUUGGGCCGUUCCACUUCUUACACCCUUCUCACAGCCGUUCCCUUAGCAAUGGCUGCUCACGCCGUCACCAUGGACCCUCCACCCAUCUCCAACUCACUUCGCUCUCCAAUCCUUUCAAGUACGGGUGUAGACCUGGCCUUUCUCCCUUUCCAAAAAAAGACACUUUCUACUCCGCCCAGGUCCUGCAAAUAUUUGAGCAGCUUCUCUGCAUCCACCAGCCGCCAGGUCUGCAUCAACUUUAAUGAUU